AUGCCGGACUCCUACUAUAUGGAAGACUCUGAAAAACAGUACGCCGAACUCCCCACCGCCUUCGCCCGCGCCGUCCGCCUCGACUCCAUCGACCAGAAACCGCACCGCAACCUCCGCCUGGCCAACAUCGACGACAUCCCCCGCUUGUGCGCCAUCUCCUUCUCCGCGACCAAGAAGUUCGCCACCAUCCCGACCUUAGCAGACCUGGCAGAUGACUAUGACGAGCCGCUCAUCUUCCAGCAACGGCUGGCACUAGGCAACAUCUACAUCGUCUCGGAAGACGAGCUGGCGAUUGGUUUCAUCGCCGCGUACCCAAUGGACAACACGAUUUACAUCGCCGAGAUUGCCGUUCAUGGGGAGCACCAGGGCAAAGGCAUCGGGCGGAUUUUAUUGAAGGCAGUAUUCCGAUGGACGACCGAGCGGGCGAAGUUCGAGGGCAAGCCGCGGGCGCGAGUGUCGUUGACGACGUAUCCGGACAUCCCGUGGAAUGGGCCGUGGUAUCAGAAGUUUGGCUUCGUGGAGCUGGACGCGAGUGAGGUUGGGCCGUGGCAUGUGGAGAAGAUGACCAAAGAUGCGGAUGAGAGGAGGUUGGUGCGGCCGGGGUAUCGAAGGUGUUGUAUGCUGUGGGAGGCGGAUCCUGAGCCGAAUUGA